UACUUACCACUUACCAGGGUCUGAGAAAUUAGUCACCAUAUAAAUCUGCGGUGCUCUGCUACUUUCAAGUUUCAAGUGCCAAUCGAUGGCUUCUCUGAUAUCUCUUCAACGGUCCGGAAACUCCGUUAUCUCUUCCCACUGGAGACCUCGAAUAAACUUGCGACCUCCGGCCCAGCUCUCUCUCAGCUACGCCCCAUCCAGACCUCUUUGCACCUACGCACUCCCCGAUGACCACGACCCCCGGGUCCAUCGCCGCCGCAGUGGUGGGGUCUCUGACCGCCAAAGUGCCAGCACUCGGUCCAGCACCCAGUACAAAUCCCGCCCUGACCCGUCGCUGAGCAACAAGGAGAGCCGCUCGAAUGAGCGAGAAAUGAACAGUAAUCGGCUAAACAAUGAAAAUGGCAGCGACCCAUUGCGCGGUGACCAACCAAGUAUUGAUUUGAUGGGUUUGUGCGAGGAGGCUAAGGUUGAAGAGGUUGUGGAGCAUAUGGGUCGAGGUGUUGAUGCUGAUUAUAGUGUUUUCUGUGCGUUGUUGGAUUCGUGUGGGAAUUCGAAGUCGCUUGAGGCUGGGAAGAGGGUGCAUGAGUUCUUGAAACGGUCUUCUUUUCGUGGUGAGGUUGAAUUGAAUAACAAAUUGAUUGAAAUGUACGGGAGAUGUGGGAGUAUGAGAGAUGCACGCCGAGUGUUUGAUAGAAUGCGCGACCGGAAUGUGAGUUCGUGGCAUUUGAUGAUUAAUGGGUAUGCAGUCAAUGGGCAGGGUAGUAAUGGAUUGUUGUUGUUUGAGGAGAUGAGGAAAGCGGGGUUGCGGCCCAAUAGUGAGACCUUUGUGCUGGUUUUGGCAGCAUGUGCUAGUGCAGAAGCUGUGGGAGAAGGGUUAUAUCACUUUGAAUCGAUGAAGAACGAGCACGGAAUUGUUCUGGGGAUUGAGCAUUGUCUAGGGGUUAUUGAUGUUCUUGGGAGGUCUGGUCAUUUGAAUGAAGCAGAAGAGUUCAUUGAGAAAAUGCCGAUCGAGCCUACAGCGGAGGUUUGGGAGGCUCUUAGGCAUUAUGCAAGAAUUCAUGGAGAUAUGGAACUUGAAGACCAUGCCGAGGAGUUAUCGGUUAGCCUUGAUCCUUCCAGGGCCAUUGCUGACAAAAUUCCAACUCCUCCCCGGAAGAAGCAUUCUGCAACUAAUAUGCUUGAGGAAAAGAAUAGGUUGAGCGAGUAUCGGUGGACCGGCCCUUACAAGGGAGAGGCAUAUGAGAAAUUGAAAGGUCUGAAUGGGCAGAUGAGGGAAGCAGGUUAUGUGCCGGAUACAAGAUACGUACUUCAUGACAUUGAUCAGGAGGCAAAAGAACAGGCUUUGAUGUAUCACAGUGAGCGUUUGGCGAUUGCUUAUGGUCUGAUUAGUACUCCACCAAGGACAACGCUUAGGAUCAUGAAGAAUCUAAGGAUUUGUGGUGACUGCCACAAUGCAAUAAAAGUAAUGUCAAAAAUUGUUGGGAGAGAGUUGAUUGUGAGGGAUAACAAGCGGUUCCAUCAUUUCAAGGAUGGCAAGUGCUCUUGUGGGGAUUACUGGUAAGUGGUAAAGGUAUUUAGACCUUGAUGUUAAUGCUCCUCUCGUGGAUAUGCUACUAGAUUUUCCCCCAACAAAAAAAAUUGAAGUUUCAUGUAAAUGUAAUGCCCAUUGCUGCUGCAAGGAAAUCAAAGAAAUUUUGGUCGGA